UUCACUUCCGGGAAGAUGGCUGCACCCAAGUCGGGUGUCACACGUGCUUCCACGGAGAGGACUGUACACUGACGGUAAGGAGCUUGCUUUCCCCAGGGGCGGGAGCAAGGGCGAAGAUCGGAGAGUAGUUCCACCCUGCUGACUCUGUGGCUGCGGGGCUUGGAUUUAUAACCGGAGGAAAAGGCGGCGGCUGGUCCUCUAGGCUGCUGCAAACGGGUGGCUCUGGACAUCCCUGGAAACUGGCUGGAAAGGAGACCGCGUCUCAGUGUACUUGCAGCCUUCGCAGAUCAGGCUGCGUCUGCCCACGCCGGCCCAUUGCAAGUGCGUUAAAAAACGAUUCCUACUGUGUCACUCAUUUCAGUCCAGAAACGCUGAACGAUUCUCAAGGGCUGGGAAAUAAAGCUUGCCUCCGCCUUCCGGGAAGUGUGGUUUUGAAUUACUGUGAUGAGAAAUAGAAUGUGGGGAAGGCUUACAGCAGAAGAAAGAAGCUGUAAAGGUACAAAGCAGUGAGUUGCUCAUGAAAUGCUUCACUACCAAUCCUGGAUCCACUACUUGCCAGUUGUUUGGUGUUCGAAUUAGCAGUGUUCGAUUUCUUCUUUGUAAAUUAAGGCUAAGUAAUACCUUCUUAUAAGAUGUUGGCAGGCAUCAAUGAGACAAUCCAUGUGAAGCAGUUAAUAGCAGGUUCGUGAGGAUAGUGCCAUGUUUUCCCUGGUGAGAACCUGAGGACAGACCCUGCCAUGAGUGUCACCCCAGAGGUCAAGAGCCGUGGGAUGAAGUUUGCUGAAGAGCAGCUGCUGAAGCAUGGAUGGACUCAAGGCAAGGGCCUGGGCCGGAGGGAGAAUGGCAUUACCCAGGCCCUCAAGGUGACACUGAAGCAAGAUAACCAUGGGGUGGGACAUGACCCUGCCAAGGAAUUUACAGACCACUGGUGGAGUGAUCUCUUCAACAAGACUGCCGCCAGCUUGGUAGUGGACUCGGGGAAGGAUGGAGUGCAGAUAAGACGUCUUUCCAAGGAGACCACCCAGCGCAGUCACCCCAAACCCAGCUUGCUGUAUCAGAAGUUUGUGAAGACAGCCACACUAACCUCGGGUGAGGAGAAGCCUGACAGAGACUUGGGGAACUGCAGUGAUGUUGACAACCAUGAGCCCACGCCCCCAAAGAUUCUGACUGAUGAGAUGCUACUCAAGGCUUGCGAGGGGCGAACAGCACACAAGGCUGCCCGGAUUGGUAUCACCAUGAAGGCCAAGCUUGCUCGCCUGGAGGCCCAAGAGCAGGCCUUUCUGGCUCAGCUCAAAGGCUCAAAGGCUCUGGGCACCUCUCAACCACUGACUGACAGUGAGCCUUCCCAAAAAAAGAAAAAGAAGAGGAAGCAGAAAGAGGGGGAAGAGGCUGCAACAACUGAAAAGAGUCUAGGUGACGAGCUGCUGGGACACACGGACAGGAGCUUCAGGGACAGCAGGAAGAAGAAGAAGAGGCAGAAAGCCGAGAGACAGGGAACGGCUAUAGGAAGUGAGGAGGAAGAGGCUGCAGGAGAGAGUGGGCCCAGAGAACUGAGCACAGAGCAAUCUGAUCAGCCUUCCAGGAAAAAGAAGAAAAGGAGGAAGCAGCGCCAUGAAGAAGACGGGGAGAUGGGAGUCUGUGAUGAAGGAGGUAGAGAUGUGACAAGCCGGCCAAAGGCAGUCAACAGUGGAGGAGACAAAGACCCCAGGAGAAGCAGCAAGAAGCGAGGGACGUGUGGGGAGGACUUAGAUACCCAAGAGGAAGAAGGGAAGGAUGACCUAACAAAAGGAGAGAGAAAGGUCAGAAGAAAAGACAAAAGGAAAAGACAGCAGUGCUGUGAGGAGGACUUAGAUGUAAGCAGUAAAGAUGAUGGUGGGACAUGGGUAGCAGAGGAUGCAGGUGAGAGAAGUCGGCAAUACCCAAAGGAGAGAGCCAAAAAGAAGAAGCGGAAGAGGGACCGAGGGUCUGAAGUGGAUCUCAGCUGACUCCUUUUCAGGGAUAGCCUGGUUUAGGGCAGGGUUUCUGCACACUCUGCAAGCAGCUCUGGAGCCCCAGUCUGCAGAGGAGAGCCAAUGCAUUCUAUACUGGCUGAGGGGGUGGACAUGGUCCCCUGUGAAACUUGCUGUCCAAAAAGUAUAAACCUGGUGCCUGGCAGCUCACCAGCUAAAGGAUGGUGGGAAGAGGAAUCAGGAUGGAGGAAUAUUUGGAGUGUCUCUUUUAAAAGUCUGAAAAUGUAGACUUACAUGAAAU